ACAUCCGGUCGUUCGUCGCCGUAACCUGCGCUCUCCGUCGCUGAGCUCGUCCCCGACGAUCCGUGUCUCGGGAAUCCAUUGAGCGUCCUAGCCCGGGCUAACACGUAGCAGACACGGCGGAUCGUCGCUCGGUCUUCCCCCGCCUGCCAGACACCUUGAACCGCUCCUCCCGUCUCCUCUGCGGCGCCGCGGACGUCUCCGUCGGCAGACAGACUCCGGGUCGGGGGUCCGGAUGAGACGUUCAAAGACGGACGGACAGACGGGCUCCGGUGGUCCGAGCGCCGCAGCCUUGCGGUAACACACAGCCUGCUAAGGGGGCUAAAGCCUCGGUGGGACGAGUCAGCGAGAAAGACGGUUAACGGCGGGUUAUUUUUGGCACGGCUGCCGGGGGAGCACACAUGCUCGGUGCCUCCUCCAGGAUCUCCGCCACAGCUGUCGGUUCGGACGGGAGCAGCGGGUCCAGCUAGGGGGCUGCUGCUGCUGCUGGGGGGGGGAGCUGGGAUCCCCGCUAGCUGCUGCCUGGACAGGCGCUCUCACCACAUUACGAGCAGAACCAGACAAAAGAAACCCGACUGCUAAAUGCGUCUCCGCCGACUGACAAGGCCCGGCUGAACGAAAAGAGAGACAAGGAAAAAGAAAAAUGGACCUGAAUUUCUACUCGGAUUUGACAGACGGAACCGGGCAGCACGACGGCGACCCGGAGUUCCUGGAUCCGCACGCCUUCAAUGGCUUUGACUCUGACAGCAAGUUCCCCGGAGGCGGAGACAACUACCUGUCCAUCCCUGGGUCCGGCCAUCCCUUCCUCUCUUCCUCCGAGACGUUCCACACCCCCAGCCUCGGCGAUGAGGAGUUCGAGAUCCCUCCCAUCUCUCUGGACCCCGACUCGGCCCUCUCCGUGUCCGACGUGGUGUCCCACUUCGGGGAGCUGUCGGACACCGGCGCCUCGGACAGCGUGGUGGUGCCGGGGAACGCCGUGGUGGAAGGGGACGACCCGUCCUUCGCCUCCACCUACGUCAGCGCUCCCUCGCAGGGUCUGGAGCACCUGAGCCUGGGGGUCAUGAACCAGUCGGGAGGAAGUGCUCUUCUGGGGUCCUCGUUGGGGAUGGAUCUGGGCCAUCCCAUCGGCUCUCAGUUCAGCAGCUCGUCUCCUGUGACCAUCGACGUCCCGCUGGGGGACAUGGGCCAGGGCCUACUGGGGUCCAACCAGCUGACCACUAUCGACCAAUCGGAGCUCAGCGCCCAGCUGGGGCUCGGGCUGGGCGGGGGCAACAUUUUGCAGCGACCCCAGUCGCCUGAAAACCCUCUGUCGGCGACGGCGUCGCCCACCAGCUCGCUGCAGGACGACGACAUGGACGACUUCAGGAGGAGCGUGCUGGUCGAGUCUCCAGUGUCUCUGGCCGUUUCGCCUGGGGUCAUCUCGCUCGACCCCUCCGUGUCCGAGUCCCCGGCCUCCGCUUCCACGUCCGGCGUCUCCUCGGCCGGCGGCCGGAAAGGAGGGGCGGGGGGAGGGAAAAAAGGGAGGAAGAAGAAAGACCCCAACGAGCCCCAGAAACCCGUGUCGGCCUAUGCCCUGUUCUUCAGGGACACGCAGGCGGCCAUCAAAGGCCAGAACCCCAACGCCACCUUUGGAGAGGUCUCCAAGAUUGUGGCGUCCAUGUGGGACAGUUUGGGAGAGGAGCAGAAACAAGUUUACAAAAGGAAAAAUGAAGCUGCAAAGAAGGAGUACCUUAAAGCGCUGGCAGAGUACAGAGCCAACAAGAAUUCCCAGGCUCCGAUAGAAGUCAUGGAGACCGACCCGUCGCCCCCGCCCCCAGCCCCUGCUCCUCCUCCCCCCGCCGUCACGACCACACCUGCCGCCACUUCGGCCCCCCGCCCCACCAGGUCCCAGCACUACAACCCCGAGGAGAACACCAUCACCAACAUAUGCACCUCCAACAUCAUCCUGGACCUGCCUCACGUCACCACGCGCUCCCGCACCGGUGCCAAGCCCCCGCCCUCUGCCCCCAGCCCCGCCCCCAACCCCCCCACCGUCACCAAGAUCAUCAUCAAGCAGACGCCGCUGCCGUCCGGCGGCGUGUCCGUCACCAGCACGACCGCCUCCGCGCCUCGCCAGCCGCCCCCGCUGCAGCAAAUGCAGAGCACCCCGCCGCCGCCCAGGCUGCAGCAGGCUCCGCCUCCCCUGCAGGCCAAGCCGCGGGGCGGCGGCGCGGCCGCGGCCACCGCCCCCCCUCCCCUGCAGAUCAAAGUGGUCCCCUCGUCGCGGCAGCAGGAUUCGGCCACGCCCGUCAUGGUGACGUCGGCCAGCGACGCUGCCAGUUCGCUGACGUCUUCCUCGGGCGUGACGGUGGAGGUGGGGCAGAAAGACGCGGUGGUGAUGGCAGGAGAGGAUGUGGCUGAGGCAGAGGAAGGGAUGGAGGUGGAGGUGAACGUGAGGCCUGGUCUGAGCGUGACCACCGCCCAGGCUCUCAACAUCUGCGUGCGCGCCGGCUGCAACAACCCCGCCGUGGAGAGCGAGGACUGGGACAAGGAGUACUGCAGCAACGAGUGCGUCGCCACCCACUGCAGAGACGUGUUCAUGGCCUGGUGCGCCAUCCGAGGGUCAAACUCCACCACCGUCACAUAGAGAGAGGGCGAAGGCGACGGACACAAUGCCACUCAGACAACAGGACUAAUACUACAAAUGGACUGCAGACAAACUCGCAUGACUGACUCAGGUGUCGGCUCUCGUAAUGGUUCGUUUAUUUCUUCCGCUCACAUCAUCUCGGGGACAAGAACAAAGACCUCCCAGCGGCAGGAGAGGCGGGAGUGGCCUCCGGUUUCCUGUCUGCAAGCACUGGAUCUGUAGCGACGUUCACACAGACGGAGAGACGGAUGGCUAACGCCGCUCCACCCGUUUCAUGUUGAUCAUGUGUUGUGAAUUGAAAAGAUGAACUUGAUAUAUAAAAAAAACAAAAAAACUGGAGAAUUUUAUACGACCACGGUGGUGUUUUUAAUCAUUUUCAGAACCGUAAGAUGCGCAGGAGGAAGCCUGCCGCCUCCUUCAGACAAACUGUGUGUGCUCUUCCCUUUACUGUCACAGGAACGGCGCGAUGGUCGCGGGCGGAGUCGGCUAGUUUGGAUGAUUUUUGCUCCGCGGUCGCCCGUGGCUGCGUACGCGGUUCAGGAGCCGCUUGGAGCCAACGACCACGCCAAGCACAAACAGUUUCCAACCUCAGAGGAGUAAAGGACGGCAGGAGAAGAGGAACCCGCCUGACGCUAAAUUCUCUUAAACGUCUUAAAAAGACACUUUUGACCGAUCUUAAACGAUCGUUGGGUCAGAAACACAAUACGGGUGCUGACAUGCUCUCUAUUUUCCCCCUUUUCCAUUUGAGCUUCUGGAACCCGUGUGCUCAUUUUGUGAUUUAUGAUUUCUGGAUGGAGUAAGAAAUGCCAGUAUGAAAUAAACACACCAGCUCUGACAGCACUAUACGCUGUAAAGGGAA